AUGAUGCCCAUGAAAGACGAUGGCAACUGGUUAGGGUUUUCUUUGUCGCCCCGCUUGAAGAUGGAGGCUGCUGCAAACGACGACGACGACACCAACAACAACAACAACACGCCCAUGAAUCCUUUCGGCCUUCACUUUGGCCACCAUCAAAACGUCGUCGUCUCCCAAAAUGACGAUUUUACCCCUGUCGUCAUGCCUCUCAAAUCCGACACCUCCCUUUGUCUCAUGGAGGCUCUCUCAACAUCUCAUUCUCAAGUCCCUUCUCCAAAACUGGAAAACUUCCUAGGCGGCACGGCGACGACGACAAUGGCGGCUCACUCUCAUCAUCAUCAUCAUCAUCAUAAUCAGCGGGACCCACACCCACCCAUGUUCCUAAGCCUCGAUUACAACAACAACAACAACAACAAUAUUAAUAACAAUUACGGAUAUAAUUACAAUUACUACGGUCUUAACUACGGGCAAAUCCUCCACGACUUCCCCUGCCCCAAGCCGUGGAUGAUCGAGCCCGACCACGACUUCGACCCACAGUUCGCCAGCCCGGCGGCCGUGGUCCAGAACAAGGCCCAAAACGAGGCCGGCCAGGGCCCACUCUCGUCCCUCAGCCUGUCCAUGAGCCCGGGCUCGCAGUCCAGCUGCGUCACCAACAACAAGCCCACCAAUGCCGGUGAGUGUAGUACUUUGGUUGUGAGAAGCGGCGGUUCGAAGAAAAGAGGGUUGCUGGGGCAGAGGCAAACUGUUCAUAGGAAAUCUAUUGAUACAUUUGGGCAAAGGACUUCUCAGUAUAGGGGUGUCACAAGGCAUAGGUGGACAGGUAGAUAUGAAGCUCAUUUAUGGGAUAAUAGUUCCAAGAAGGAAGGGCAGACUAGGAAAGGAAGACAAGGAGGGUAUGAUAUGGAAGACAAAGCUGCUAGAGCUUAUGAUCUUGCUGCUCUUAAAUAUUGGGGCCCAUCAACCCAUAUUAAUUUUCCUUUGGAAAAUUAUCAACAAGAACUUGAGGAGAUGAAGAGCAUGAACAGACAAGAAUAUGUUGCUCACUUGAGAAGGAGGAGUAGUGGAUUUUCAAGAGGUGCCUCAAUGUAUAGAGGUGUCACAAGGCAUCAUCAGCAUGGAAGAUGGCAAGCGAGGAUCGGCCGGGUGGCCGGGAAUAAGGACCUUUACCUCGGAACUUUCAGCACGCAAGAGGAAGCAGCGGAGGCGUACGACAUAGCGGCCAUCAAAUUCCGGGGCCCAAACGCAGUGACCAAUUUCAACAUGUCGCGGUACGACGUGGACAAGAUCAUGACAAGCAACGCUCUGCCAGCUGGCGAGAUGGCUAGGCGCAAGGACGAGAGUGAGCUCACCAUAGCAACAUCCGAAAAUGUCGAGUCCUCACCACCGAAAACUGUUACUGACGACUAUCAGAGACAAAUGGCCAGGCACCUCUCGGACCCAUCGUCCCUGGUGACGAGCCUCAGCAGCUCGAGGGAGGCUAGUCCGGACCACAACUUCUUGCUCGGGAAGCCUGCUUCGUCCGACAAUUUGACCGUCUUUGCGUCGUGGAGCGAUGUUGCACUCGUGUGA